AACACUCAUCAACACCGAUUGUUACUUGUUACUUCCCUUCUCUUGAGGGCUUUUCAUUUCAACCCGAAAAUCAGAAUGAGCUGGUGGUGGGCUGGAGCUGGUGCCGAUGUCAGGAAGAAAUAUCAAGGAGUUGACACGUCAGCACCACAAGGCCAAAGGAAUGUGGGGCUAGUGAUCGGCGUGACAGGCAUAGUGGGUAACAGCCUAGCUGAGAUCCUCCCUCGCCCCGACACACCCGGUGGCCCGUGGAAGGUGUACGGCGUCGCCCGCCGUCCCCGUCCAAACUGGAACGCUGACCAUCCCGUUGACUAUAUCCAGUGCGACAUCUCGGACCCCGAAGACACAGAGGCCAAGCUCUCUAAAUUAACCGAUGUCACGCACAUAUUUUACGUGUCAUGGGCCAACAAAGCCACCGAGGUCGAAAAUUGCGAGGCCAACGGGGCCAUGCUCCGCAACGUGUUAGGUGUCGUGAUCCCUGUGGCGCCAAAUAUCCGCCACGUGUCGUUGCAGACUGGCACCAAACACUAUCUUGGUCCGUUCGAGUCAUUUGGCAAGAUCAAAGCCCAUGACCCGCCUUUUACUGAGGACCUGCCGAGGCUGGACUUUCCCAAUUUCUACUACACUCAGGAGGACAUAUUGUUUGAUGAGGCUAAGAAAAAGGAGGGUUUGAGUUGGUCGGUCCAUAGGCCCAAUACCAUUUUUGGGUUUUCUCCUUAUAGCUUGAUGAACGUAAUUGGGACGCUUUGCGUUUACGCUGCUAUAUGUAAGCAUGAGAAGAAGCCUUUGAAAUUUCCCGGAAGCAAAGCGGCUUGGAAUUGCUACUCGGUGGCUUCGGAUGCGGAUUUGAUCGCGGAGCAGCAUAUCUGGGCGGCUGUGGAUCCGUAUGCAAAAAACGAAGCGUUUAAUGUGAACAAUGGGGAUGUGUUUAAGUGGAAGCAUGUUUGGAAGGUGUUGGCGGAGCAGUUUGGGAUUGAGGAGUAUGGGCUUGAUGAGGAGGAGGGUGAGAGGAGGUUGAGCUUGGUGGAGAUGAUGAAGGGGAAAGGUGGUGUGUGGGAAGAGAUUGUGAAGAAGAAUAAGCUGCAGCCAACAAAGUUGGAGGAGGUAGGGGUUUGGUGGUUUGCUGACAUCGUGUUGUGUGUUGAGUCUGCGUUGGACAGUAUGAACAAGAGCAAGGAGCAUGGCUUUUUGGGUUUCAGAAAUUCCCAAAAGUCCUUCACUUCCUGGGUUCAAAAGAUGAAGGCUUACAAGAUUGUUCCAUGAUGCGUGAGUUGUGUUUGAUAGAUCUAGAGAGGGAAACAGCUUAUGUAUACAAAUAAGUAGAAGAGAGUUUUCUUAUUUUAUAAAUGGUUUAUUAGUACUUUAUGCUUGUAAAAAUCUGAUCUGAAUGUUACAAAUUAU